CCAUCCAUACAUGCAGACAGACAGACAGACAGAUGGAGCUGAUGUAGCUGCACUGCUGCGCCACAUGGACUGAACGCAGUGACUUACUCCAGUGCGUCAGUUUGGAUCUUGCGCUUGGAUCUUUGGAUCGAGACUCUGCGGAGUGAAAAUGUGGAGAUACACGAACCUGUUCGCCUGUCUGUUGCUGUUGUGUAAGGAUGCGGCUUCACAGAGCAAGAUCUUUGGGGAGAGCGAGUCCGUCCGCAUGACAUCAGAGGGUUCAGACUGCCGCUGUAAGUGCAUCAUGCGGCCUCUAAGCAAGGACGCCUGCCAGCGGCUGAAAAGCGGCGCCGUCCGUGUGGAGGACUUCUACACGGUGGAGACAGUCAGCUCCGGAUCAGACUGUAAAUGCUCGUGCACGGCACCGCCGUCCUCCCUCAACCCCUGUGAGAAUGAGUGGAAGAUGGAGAAGCUGAAGAAACAGGCGCCGGAGUUGCUAAAGCUCCAGUCUAUGGUGGACCUCCUCGAGGGGACGCUUUACAGCAUGGAUCUACUGAAAGUGCACUCCUACAUCAAUAAAGUCAUGUCACAGAUGAACACGCUGGAGGAGACCAUCAAGACUAACCUGACCCGGGAGAAUGAGUUUGUGCGAGACAGCAUGACGAGCCUCACCAACCAGUUCAAGAAGUACGAGAACUACUCCAACGUCAUGAUGAGCAUCAAGAAGGAGAUCUCCAGCCUCAGCCUGCAGCUGCUGCAGAAGGACUCUGCUGAGACUAAAGCUCAGGAUACUAAUGGUGCAAAAACUGUAAAAGCACUCAACAAAAAGGCGUCUGCUGUCAAACCUCCUCUGAAACCACCCAAAGAAAAGGUUGUUAAGGUUGUCACAAAAGAGGUUGUUAAACCUGGGAAAGCAGUCAAGCCCAACCCUACAGCCAAAGCCAAGGUGGCCGGCCACCAGCCUGGUGUGGUGAGGGGCAUCACGUACUACAAGGCUGCCAAGGCCAGUGAUGGAGAGCAUGGAGAAGAGAACGCUGCCAAAACCUUCACAGUCCACCACGUCACAGAAAGCCAGUCUGAGGAUGGAGGAGCUGAAAUGAUCCUGGAAGCUGUGGAGGCGUCUGUGGCUGAGCCCACUGACACCACAGCAACAACAACCACCACCACCACAACAACACCCACAACCACCACAACCACCACCACUGCACCCACAACCACCACAACCACCACAACCACGGCGGCGUCUGAAAAUCCAGCUCCAACCAUCGUGCUGAUGCUCGACAACUCCAACAACAACAGUCGCCCCACUCUUCACAGAGCAGGGAAGAUCCUCAACUGUGAGGGGACUCUGGAAUCCAUCGAGCAGCCACAGAAACAGCACAGUUAUGGGCGUAAUGAGGGAGCCUGGAUGAAGGAUCCUCUGGCCAAAGACAACAAGAUUUAUGUCACUAAUUAUUACUAUGGUAACAACCUGGUGGAGUUCCGUAACCUGGACAACUUCAAACAAGGGCGCUGGAGCAACCUUUUCAAAUUACCAUAUAACUGGAUUGGAACAGGCCAUGUUGUCUAUAAUGGAGCCUUCUACUACAACAGAGCCUUCACCAAGAACAUCAUCAAGUAUGAUCUGAGGAUGCGAUACGUGGCAGCCUGGACGCUGCUGCAUGACGUGGUCUAUGAGGACACCACCCCAUGGAAGUGGAGGGGUCACUCAGACAUUGAUUUUGCAGUGGACGAAAGUGGCCUGUGGGUGAUCUACCCUUCUGUGGACUAUGACUACAACCAGCAGGAGCUGAUUGUCAUCAGUAAACUGGAUCCCGGUGACCUGUCCUUGAAAAAAGAGACGACCUGGAGGACUGGUCUCAAGAGGAACUCUUACGGGAACUGCUUCAUCAUCUGUGGCGUCUUGUAUGCCGUCAAUGUGUACAACCAGAAAGAGGGUGAGGUGAACUAUGCUUAUGACACCCACACCAACAGUGAUGCCGUCCCACGCCUGCCCUUCAUCAAUGAGUUUGCCUAUACGACCCAGAUUGACUACAACCCCAAGGAAAAGGUUUUGUAUGCGUGGGACAACGGCCAUCAGCUGACGUAUCAGGUUAACUUCCUUGACCAGUGACCACAGCUAGUUUGUGUUCUGAAUAAGCGCACGGUAGGCCUGCCAGUAUGGCACCUAUGUACAGAAAGAACAUGCUCAGUAUUUGAAAACAAACAUGCAGGCAUAUUGGACUAAACAGGACAGAAUCACCAAUUCAUGCUUGAUGUGACCUCACUAAACAACAAACUUACAUGCCUCAAAAAUGUUUGUACAUGAUGUUAAUAGAAUGAGACGUAAACGGUGGAAAUAAUCGAAUGGGUUAAUGAGUUAAAUUUCAUUAGGUUUUAUAUAUCUUCAUUUAGAGCUCGUCAGCAGGCGAAAACAAGACAUACAUACAAUAGUUACUGUUGUUGAGCUCAAGGGCUGCAUUUAUCUCUGUAUAUGAUGUACAGUAGUAUAUGUAGCAAAAGAGUCAAUCGUAAUAGAAACCAAAGGGUAUUUUUACCAGGAUUGGGACUUAGCUGCAGCAUGUUCCUCUAGUCUUCAAACAGCAAAACACAGCUGUGAAUGAGGGAAGAGGGUGAGUCUGAGGAGAUGAGACUGAAGAAACAAGGAAGAAUAUGACAGACUGGGUUGGAGUAAGAGUUUUCUAAUUCCAGAAGAUUGCACUAUUGCAACAUCAUGGACACAAGCUGCAGUUAUAUCACAUAGAAGAAGAAGAACAAGAAGAAGAUGAAGAGUUAAUAAGGGCAGAGCAUGCAGCCUACUGUCUGCAUACUGUCCACGUUUCUACACUUUUUUAUCUGUCUAUUCCCAUGAGUAUGUGCGAGCAUGCAUGAGAGGACGUGUGCUCGUACCCAAGCAUGUAAAACUCAGUGUUCAACAACUAUGACAAACUGCAGCAAAGAGAAUGGAGACUGACGCUGGACUGACACUGGACUGACGCUGGACUGACGCUGGACUGAUGCUGGACUGACGCUGGACUGAUGCUGGACUG